CCCACAUUUUACUCCCACCUUUUUAUUUCGACUCGAGAAGCCGAAAUUUCAGCAAGAUUUUUCCUCUGCCUUUGAACUACCAUUUCUGAAUCUCAAAAAUCCCUUCAUUUUACUUUUUUGUUAUAAUAUACUCAAACUUUUGGAGGAGAAUUUUCCGUUUCGUCUUUUAUUCCCCAUUUUUCUGGUUUAUGAUUUGCUUUAGAUUUCUGAAAUCCUAUAAUUUCAUUGCAAAUCAGCGUUACCUUCGAGCGAAGAUCUGUUUGAUCCCUAAGCCCAGGCUAGAAUUCAAUAGAAUCCACAAUUUGCCAACGUCACCAAAAUCGCGGAGACGAAUAAGGAUGGCGAGCAGAGCGGACGAUGCAGCCGCCGUACUGCUGACGUCAGGCGCGAGCGGUAGAAUCAACGCCUUGUUAUCUCUGUACGCGCUGCGGAGCGUAUGGCGGCUGAUCAACGCGUUCUUCCUUAUCCUCACGCUGCCGUUCCGCGGGAGGCGGCGGUCUGUUCAGGAAUCGGCCGAGAAAUGUAGCGGGAAGGAGGAGAAGUUUCCGGCCCCGACGGGGAAGAUGGUGAAAGUUCCGGCGGCGAUGGUUCCGCGGAAGUGCGCGGAAGCAGCCGUCGGUAAGGACGUGGCCGCGCGGAGGGCAAUGGCGAUUAGGAGGGUGGUGGAGAGUAAUGAGGCCGAGGGUUUUAGGGGUACAGUAAGGGAUUUUUCACUGCUUACGACUUGGAGAGGGGACACCAUUUUUACUCAGUCGUGGACCCCGGUUAAGGUUCAGGUUAGUGGUGAUUUGGUUUUGUUGAGGCUGGUAAUUGUCAGGGGUGUGGUAGUUCUCUUGCACGGCCUUAAUGAACACAGUGGUAGAUAUGAUGACUUUGCAAAGAAGCUGAAUGCAAAUGGCUUCAAAGUUUAUGGAAUGGAUUGGAUUGGCCAUGGAGGAAGUGAUGGGCUGCACGCGUAUGUCCCUUCUCUAGAUUUUGCUGUUACUGACAUGAAAGCUUUUCUCACUAAGGUCGUAGCUGAAAAUUCAGCAGUUCCCUGCUUCUGCUUCGGCCAUUCAACUGGUGGAGCUAUAGUCUUAAAGGUAAGAAACUUGCACUUCUUUAACCUGGCUUUUGGUAAAUCUGAUAGUCAGUAA